UCAUCUUCAUCAGGGCCGCCCCUGACCACACGUGGUGGGCGGGAGGAGGACCUCCUCUGCCUGGGGUGCCAGCAGGCCCAGGCCCAGGCCAGGCCCCCUCGGUUCCUGAUGUGACUCCACACCCUGGCUGGGUGUUCCAAGUCAUGGCCGACACCAUCUUCAGCAGUGGGAACGAUCAGUGGGUUUGCCCCAAUGAUCGGCAGCUUGCCCUGCGAGCCAAGCUGCAGACGGGCUGGUCUGUGCACACCUACCAGACAGAGAAGCAGAGGAAGAGCCAGUGCCUCAGCCCAGCCGAGGUGGAGGCCAUCCUGCAGGUCAUCCAGAGGGCCGAGCGGCUUGACUUCCUGGAACAGCAGAGAAUCGGGCGGCUGGUGGAGCGGCUGGAGACCAUGAGGCGCAAUGUGAUGGGGAAUGGCCUCUCCCAGUGUCUGCUCUGUGGGGAGGUGCUGGGCUUCCUGGGCAGCUCAUCGGUGUUCUGCAAAGACUGCAGGAAGAAAGUCUGCACCAAAUGCGGGAUCGAGGCCUCCCCCGGCCAGAAGCGGCCCCUGUGGCUGUGUAAGAUCUGCAGUGAGCAGAGAGAGGUCUGGAAGAGGUCGGGGGCCUGGUUCUACAAAGGGAUCCCCAAGUACAUCCUGCCCCCGAAGACCCCUGGCCAGGCCGAUCACCCCCACUUCCGACCGUCGCCCAUGGAGCCAGCAGAGCAAGAGCCCAGAAGUACUGAGAGCAGCCGCGUCUACACGUGGGCCCGAGAGAGAGUGGUUUCCAGCGACAGUGACAGCGACUCAGAUCUCAGCUCCUCCAGCCUGGAGGACAGACUCCCACCCACUGGGGUCAGGGACCGGAAAGGCGACAAACCCUGGGGGGAAUCAGGUGGCAGCGUGGAGUCAUCAAAGAUGGGGCCUCCCCGCCCACCCAGCCACCUCUCAGGGAGCCGGAGCAGCCUGGCCAUCGAGACCGGACCGGCUCUGCGGACCCGCAGUGGGGGGCCCCACCCUGGCCGGACCCAAAAGGCCACAGUAAAAGGCACACCUGGGCGAGCCCCUGCUGCUGACGUAGGCUCCGACGGGCCCCUCUGCCUGCCCUGAGCAGAGGCGUGCUUGGCGCGUGGGGCAGACUUUCCAGUGGAAGAGCUUGAGAGAGAGAGAAAGAGCUGGAGCCAGACCCUCCCCGGCUCCUUCCUGACCAGUCCCAGGGCCCUCCACCGCCAGCCCUGUCGGACGUGACCUCUGACUCAACAAACCAGUGUUUGCGGGGCUGAGUCUGCUUCCCCCCACCCAGUGCCUUUCUGCACCCCUUCUCUCCUGGGAACCCCCCUCUCCACCGCCACCCCAGUCACUCCCCUCAGCCGUGACCUUUAUUUAUUGCCCCCAGCCCCACCCCCAGUCUACCCCUAUGUUCAUUUUAAGUUUGCUCUCGUCUUAGUUGGACUGGAAGGGCCUUCAGACCCACCUUCUGGAAGCUUCCCCUAUGCAGUGCAAUUUCAGAGGGUGCCAGGCAGGGCUUUCUCCAUAUUUGUAUUCAUGGAAAAAGAAAUCAGAGCCUGAGCGUGACCCUUCACACCUGAGCGUGGCCCCGGGAGAGGAACCCAGAGCACGUGGGGUGAGAGAUCCACCCAUCCUCCCCCUUCCCCUGCGGCUCUGAACGUGGCUGCAGCCUCCUCCCUCCCAGCGCAGGAGCUGCUGUUGAACCUGGCUCUGUUAGGUUUCUUGGAAGCCCUCCUUGGCCUCCCCGAGGGCUGCUGGAGCUGGAAAGGGUUCUGGUGAACACUGUGAAUUCGCUCACUGAAGAGCAAGCAGCCUUCAGCUGAGCCCCCUGCUGGGCGUGAAACUCCCUAAGCCAUUAAUUCACUCCUCUUCAGUCGGCUCAGUUUGGCAGAAAAAACACUUAAUUCAAAGUGUGGGCAGAUGCUUCUGGAAAACCUUUCCUGGAGGAGAGAGAAUUCGUGAUUCUGUGUGUAUGGCGUCCACACCCUCCCUCCUGACCACCCCGUGCCUGGUAUUCGAAGGGCCUUCUCCUCCAGGCUCUCAGGCCCCCACCAUUAGCUCUUUUGCCCUAGUCGCUGGCAGACAGUUAAAAAAAAAAAGUAAUAAAAACACUGUUUCCCUGUGACAAGUUAUGCUUCAGAAUAAAAACAAUAAAGAUGAGAAUUUGCAUUGAGCCAGCGUGUUGAUCAAAAGGCCACAAUCGCUUGUGUUUCUGAGAUGCAUCAGUAGAGAAAUGGAUGGAAAAAGAUGUGGUACGUUGGUUGCUGGAACACUUGCUAAGCCACAGUAAAAGGAAUGAGCUAGAUCUGCGUGGGUUAGAAGGGCUCACAAACCUAACGCUGAAUGGGAAAAACAAGGCCAUCUAAGUAAAAAUAAAAAGUACAAAUAAUCAAAACGAGUUAUAUGAACUUAUAUAUAAAUGUGUCAAAAUGCGUGUAAAAUGGGCAAGGAUUUGUGGUUAAACACUGUGGACUGAACACAUCUGUAUUUCCUCUGUCUCCCCAAACCCCACCAAAAUGACAUAAAGGAAUGAAAAUGGCAUGAACUGCAAAGAUGGCAGCAGGUAAGAGAGGUCUGAAAACUUUGGAAGAUGGAAGAAUAUAACUCGUUUAGUGCCAGCUUCCCCCCACUCCCCAAAGUCUCUAAGGGAGCUGGCAACCCUUAACAAGCCCAUUUUCUCUGCAGAAUCCCCCAAAUGCUCAGAACAUGGAGGAACCAGGUAUCCCUAAGGCGGAAGUUCAAGAUUGCGUGAAAAUAGUAUUGGUUGGAAGAAGUGGUUAGACCCGAGCCCAGAUGGCACAUGACUGCCCUUCUCUGAUCCUGGUAGAAGACAGGUGUACAGCUGGCCAAGGUUGAACUAGAAGGAUUCUGGAUUGGGAACCCCAAGACCAGCCAAAGGCUGGGGUGAAGCGAUGGUUAAUGGGGAGACCCUCAGCCCCCUUCCUCUGCUGACAGCUGGGCCUGUUCCCAUCCAGCCACCCCAAGGCAGGACAUUAUUGAAUUUCUCUCUGGCAAACGGAGCAAAGAGAAAAGACUGACAUAUCCUGAAACUGACAAUUCCCCAGUCUCUACCCAGUCACCCCUAUGAGGCCCCCAUUCCCAAGCCCUACCCACAUGUACAGAGCUUCCUGUUAGCUUUGCUGUGUUACAGUCAUAGUGGCAACAGCCAGGGGCACCAGCAGUUGGCCAAAACCAACAGCCGAAGGUACAGAGACUCCAGUACACCGAAGAAAGGGGUCAGAGAACAAUCCUCUGAAGAUAUUUGCCCAUGAAACAGGAAGAGAGUGUCAUUUUUUUAAAAGGAAGUGUUAAAGCUCUUGAAAAUUUUAAAAAAAUAUAUGAUAGCAGACAUUUUAAAAGGCAUUAGAAGGGAUGGAAGAUGUGAGAAAAUCUCCCAGAAAGUAAAACACCGAAACAAAGAAGGAAAAGUCAAGACCAUUGGACAACCAAAACAUCAGAUCCAUGCAGAAGGCCUAACCUCCAACUAACAGGAAUUUCAAGCCAAGAAACAGAAAAGAGAGGAGAGAAAAUUGUGAGCUGCCAUGUGACGAUACCUGUAGAUGAAGGUGCACCUGGCCUGCAGGUGCAGUGCCAUCACCUGAAGUCUUGCUAAAACAGAUUCUCACCCACCGAGUCUGGGCCAGGGGCUGAGCAUGUACGUCUAUCAAGUUCCCAGAUGAGGCUGCUGGCUGGAGGACCGCAUACUCUGAGGAACACUGGUCCAGAGCAGUGGUGGUCACCACUGACAGCUCAUUGGAAUCACUUGGCCAGCUUUACACACACUCAUGCUGGAUGCACCCCUAGAGAUUCUGGUUUAAUCAAUUUGGGGCCCAGCCUUGACUUUAGGAUUUUGUAAAGCUCCCCAGAUCACUCCACGUGCUGGCAGAACCAAGAACCAUUUCCCUAUAGAAACUCUUCUGUGUGUGCUCCAGAAGAUGUGCACGGGAUGUUUAGAGCAGUACCUUUUUAUUAGCUAAAAACUGGGAACAACCUAAAUACCAUCGACAGAAGACGAGAUCCAUAAAUUGUGAUAUAGUCAGGCCGCGCUCAGUAUAGAUGACUCUCACAGACAAUGCUGAGCAAAGAAACAGAUGGCAGAAAAAAUAAAUAUGUUAUGACACCGUCUAUAUAGAGA